AUGGAGAGAAAGAAUGGCUCAACUACAGGUUUUCUUGAUCAUUCUGACCAGCCUCAGUGCCACAUGAAUAUGUCAUUUGGAAACGAUGCCUAUCAGAUUAAGAUGACCCACGUGACAGCAGAUUGCACUACUCCAGGUUCUGUUGAUCAUUCUGACCAGCCUCAGUGCCACAUGAAUACGUCAUUUGCAAACGAUGCCCCUCAGAAACAGAUGACCCACGUGACAGCAGAUUGCACUACUCCAGGUUCUGUUGAUCAUUCUGACCAGCCUCAGUGCCACAUGAAUACGUCAUUUGCAAACGAUGCCCCUCAGAAACAGAUGACCCACGUGACAGCAGAUUGCACUACUCCAGGUUCUGUUGAUCAUUCUGACCAGCCUCAGUGCCACAUGAAUACGUCAUUUGCAAAUGAUGCCCCUCAGAAACAGAUGACCCACGUGACAGCAGAUUGCACUACUCCAGGUUCUGUUGAUCAUUCUGACCAGCCUCAGUGCCACAUGAAUACGUCAUUUGCAAACGAUGCCCCUCAGAAACAGAUGACCCACGUGACAGCAGAUUGCACUACUCCAGGUUCUGUUGAUCAUUCUGACCAGCCUCAGUGCCACAUGAAUACGUCAUUUGCAAACGAUGCCCCUCAGAAACAGAUGACACUUAUACCACAGAUUUUUUGA